AUGCUGCCUCUCACAGUCCUCUUUGGUCUGCUAGCCGGUGCCCAUACGCACAUCUGCGAGACCACCCCCGGGGUCAAUUCGUACAGCGGCUAUGUGAACCUCCCUGCCAACGCCACCGAAGGACGGCCCAACGACAUUCACAGCUUCUUCUGGUUCUUCGAGGCGCGAAAAGACCCGGCAAACGCGCCCUUAGCCCUGUGGCUCCAGGGUGGGCCCGGCGCAGCGUCGACGCCCUAUGCUGUAGGAGGCAAUGGGCCUUGUUUCGUCUCGCGCAACGCUCGAGACACGGUGCUCAACCCAUGGUCGUGGAACAACGAGGUAAACAUGCUCUAUCUCGACCAGCCCGUCCAGAGCGGCUUCUCCUACGACACUCUGAUCAACGGCACGGUCGACGAAACGCAGCGACCACCUGUUCCGAUGCCGCUGUCGCCCUCGUCACCGGUCACUGAGCUGAACUCGACAUUCCUCGCCGGCGUUUUCGCUUCGCAGAACCCCAAGGCGGCAGCAAACACCACCGCCAACGCAGCCUUCGCGGCCUGGCACUUUAUGCAGAUCUGGAUGCAGCAAUUCCCGAAGUACAAGCCCAAGGGCAACAAGCUCAGCAUCUGGACGCAGUCCUACGGCGGACACUAUGGCCCCACGUUCGCCAAGUUCUUCACAGACCAGACGCGCAAGAUCGACGCCGGCACCUUUCCCAAUAAUGCCGUCCCACUGCGUCUCGACACAGUGGGCAUCAUCAACGGCUGCGUCGACAUCCUCACGCAGCUGCCGUCCUACGCGCAAAUGGCGUACAACAACACGCUUGGCAUCCAGGUCAUCAACGAGACCGAGUACGACGCCGCCCUCGCCAGCUUUCCCGAGUGUCGGCGCCGCGUCGAAGCCUGUCGGUCGCUUGCAAGGUCCCAUGACCCCGUCGAGCUGGGCAACGUUGAAGCCGUCAACAAGGCGUGCAGUGAGGCCUACUACUUUUGCUAUGGGACCAUGGGGAAUGUCGUCGAGAGCCGCGGGAGAAACGUCUAUGACAUCACGCAAGUGAUGCCGGACGCGUUCCCACCCAGAUAUGUUGGCGGCUAUCUCAACUCCAAGGAAGUGCAACUCGAGCUGGGUGUCCCGCUCAACAUGUCGGGGAUCUCGAUGCCUGUGUGGAAUGCAUUCAUGCAAACAGGGGACUUUGUACUGGGCAACAACCUCCCAUACCUGGGCAACCUGCUGGACGAAGGGGUCAAAGUCGCGCUGGUCUAUGGUGACCGCGACUUUCAGUGCAACUGGUACGGCGGCGAGCAGAUAAGCUUGGCCAUCCAGUCGAGGGGCAGCGAGCGGUUCCGCAGGGCCGGGUAUGCCAGGAUCCAGACGAACAGCACUUACGUCGGGGGAUACGUCCGGCAGCACGGAAGCCUGUCAUUUUCUCGCCUUUUCGACGCCGGACACGAAGCUCCCUGGUACCAGCCCGAGACGGCAUACCAGAUCUUCAAGAGAGUCAUGUUUGAUCGGGACGUUGCCACGGGCAGAGUGUCGACGGCGGAGCCCUGCGGCCAUGCCUACUCGACCGACGGGCCGGACAACGUCUUCAACGUGACGAACGCGGUUCCUUCGCAGCACGCGCCGGAGUGCUACCUGUGGGCCAUCUUCCUGACCUGCGACCCGACACAGACCGAGAUGUUGCGGAACGGCACGGCGAUAUUGAAGGAUUACAUCAUGAUCGGGUACCACAAGGCCGAUGGGAGCAUUCAUUCCUAUUAGUGUGGUUCGGGCAUGAAUUGCGACUCAAGUAGAGGGUUUGUUGUGAGGACGUAUCUCAUUGGCCUCAGAAAAUCAACUUGCCUUUUGUUGUCGCUGCCUUAGAAUGAGGGCUUUUAUCAUUUUGUUGGCUCAAACGAUGACUAUGUUGAUAGAGAUCGGUGAUGCAUCAAUCCUGGUGGUCUGAUGAAUCGGUGCCUUACUUAGGUUGGUCCGUCCAGGGUCGAUGAAAAAUUGAAAUUCGCCGGGAUUAAACAGUCGCCGUUGCCCUGCCCAUGCAGCCCCUAAUGGCCCUGCGCUGCGUGCAGGU